AUGGAGCAGCCCACCCAGAUCUGGGAGUGCAGACAGGUGUAUUUGACAUUGUGGAGGCAAGAGGAUAAUCAGAAUGUCACAACUCAAUCUGGAUUGCUCAGGGACAAGCCUUUAAUUUUUGGUGCUAUUUAUUUGAUCCUGAUCUUUGGAAUCCAGCAUUUCAUGAAGGAACGGAGAGCCUUCCACCUGCGGACACCACUGACCCUGUGGUCCUUCAGUCUGACCUUGUUCAGUGUCGUUGCAGCCUCACGGGUCUGGAAGCAAAUGGCCUUCCUCCUUCUUAACAAGGGAUUUAAGCAAUCAGUGUGUAGUCAAUCUGUCUUCGUUCACCCUGUCUCCAGGCUUUGGUUAUUUUUAUUUGCAAUGAGCAAAUUUGUGGAACUGGGUGACACUGUGUUCAUUGUUCUCCGGAAAAAGAAGCUCAUCUUUCUCCACUGGUAUCACCAUUUAACCACAGCAGUUUUAUCCUGGUAUAACCAUAAUGAAAUGUCGGCUGGUUGUGGCUGGGUUGCAGCCUUGAACUUCAGUGUCCAUGGUCUCACAUACUCCUACUACACUGUGACAGCCAUGGGCAUCCGGGUACCCAAGUCCAUUGCCAUAACAAUCACCACUUCACAAAUGGUGCAGAUGACGGGAUUUUUAAUAAUGAGCAUCUUUAUGUUCUUCUGGAAGGAUGAUAAGGUCUGCCGCACCACCUGGCCACUGCUUCUCAGUGCAUCUUGGAUUUAUAUCACUUUUUUGAUACUCUUUGUCAACUACUUCUUCAAAACUUAUCUGAGUGGCACCUGGAAAUCAAAGGAGGAGUAA